AGUUAAAACAGAAACUGCUGGAUACCUUUGGUCACUAACAUAAUGGUUAACACAUACUUCACUUGGAGGGUAGCCAUUCAAGAUAGCUAGGGACAUGCUAAAAUAUUAGCUACAUUUCAUGGCAAAUGUUUUUGCGCAUCCUACCUUCGACAUAGACACGCGACGCACGCGCAUCUGCUCCACCAAUCUCUUCUCCCCCUUCGUACUUGUUCGGUUUCACGAUUUCGCUGGGAAUACUUCCGGUGGUGUGUCAUGGAGGCAUGGUAAAACUUGAAAAAAUAACCAACCUGUACUGUCUUCUUCAGACAGAGGUUUUUGCACUGGUACCUGGAUAAACAUCGCCACGAACAACGAUAUUGGUUUUGGAAUUGCACGCAGUAAAUCGCGGUUUCCAUCCGCUCGGCCAUGGCGGCACAUAAACCAGUGGAAUGGGUUCAGGCCGUGAUAAAUAGAUUCGACGAGCAGCUUCCUGUUAAAACAGGACAUCAGAACACCCACACCAGAGUCAGCACAGAGCACAACAAAGAAUGCCUCAUCAACAUCUCAAAGUACAAAUUCUCCCUCGUCAUUAGUGGCCUCACAAACAUACUGAAAAAUGUGAACAACAUGCGGAUAUUUGGCGAAGCUGCUGAAAAGAACCUCUACUUCUCCCAGCUGAUUAUCCUGGACACACUGGAGAAGUGCCUGGCGUCGCAAUCAAAGGACUGCCUGCGUCUGGACGAGACCAUGCUGGUGAAGCAGCUGCUGCCAGAGAUCUGCCACUUCAUCCACACGUACCGCGAGGGCCACCAGCACGCCGCCGAGCUCCGUAGCUCCGCCUCCGGGGUCCUUUUCUCCCUCAGCUGCAACAACUUCAACGCCGUGUUCAGCCGCAUCUCCACCAGGUUGCAGGAGUUGACGGUCUGCUCCGAAGACACUGUGGAUGUCCAUGACAUAGAGCUCAUGCAGUACAUAAAUGUGGAUGGCUACAAACUCAAAAGACUGAUCCAAGAAACUGUGUUAAAAUUUAAAGCCUUGAAGAAGCCUGCUCAACUUGCUGUCAUUAACAGUUUGGAAAAGGCCUUUUGGAACUGGGUGGAGAACUACCCUGAUGAGUUUACCAUGCUAUACCAGAGGCCGCAGACCGACAUGGCAGAUGCGGCUGAGAGGCUGUUUGACCUGGUGGACAGCUUUGCUGAGAGUCCCAAGAGGAAGGCAGCCGUGUGGCCUCUGCAGAUCAUCCUCCUCAUCCUCUGUCCCGAGAUCACACACAUCAUCUCCCGUGAGGUGGUGGAGGAGAGCAAGGCCAAUAAGAAGCUGUUUUGGGAGAGCUUGAGGAAGGCCCUAGCAGGCCAGGGGGUCAGUAAGCAGCUAACAGAGAGUGCAGCCGUUGCCUGUGUCAAGCUGUGCAAGGCCUCCACCUACAUCAACUGGGAGGACAACUUGGUCGUCUUCCAACUGGUGCAGUCCAUCGUAGUGGACCUGAAGACCCUGCUCUUCAACCCCUCCAAGCCCUUUUCUCGUGGGGCAGGCAGCCAGAACGCAGAUGUGGACCUCAUGAUCGACUGCUUUGUCUCUUGUUUCCGCAUCAACCCUCACAACAACCAACACUUUAAGGUCUGUUUGGCCUCCUCCUCUCCUUCUACCUUUCACUUCGUCCUGGUCAACUCCCUGCACAGAAUCAUCACCAAUUCUGAUCUGGACUGGUGGCCCAAGGUGGAUGCUGUGUACUGCUACUCUGGAGAGCUGCGGCUGAUGUUCUCCGACACGCUGAGUCGAGUGAUGCAAAGCCUUCACACACACGCUCCACUACGCAUGACGCCGAGUCUAACGUUCAAAGAGAAGAUGACAACUAGCCUCAAGUUCAAAGAGAAAGCCACCGAUCUGGACACACGCAGCUAUAAGUGCCUCCUCCUGGCCCUGGUCAAGCUCAUCCAUGCCGACCCCAAACUCAUGCUGCAUAAAACAGAGAAGCAGGCUCAGGAGAUCAAGAGCAGCACAGCGGAGCUGAUCACAGGCCUGGUGCAGCUGGUGUCCUUGGCCAACACAGCCCAGCUCUCCCAAGAGGCCAUGGAGGCUCUGUUAGUGUUGCACCAGCCGGAGACCAUCGAGCUGUGGAAUCCUGAAGCCCCCAUUGAAACCUUCUGGGACAUCAGCUCCCAGGUUCUCUUCCUGAUUUGUAAGAAGCUGAUUGGCCACCAGAUGAUGAACAGUACAGAGGUGCUGAAAUGGUUACGGGAGGUCCUGAUCUGCAGGAACAAGUUCCUCCUAAAGAACAAGGAGUGUGCCACUCAGGGCAGUGGGAUCCCCAUCUGCAGACAAGCCCAGACCAAGCUAGAGGUCAGCCUGUACAUGUUCCUUUGGAGCCCUGACGCUGAGGCUGUUCUGGUGGCCAUGUCCUGCUUCAGACACCUCUGUGAGGAGGCCGACAUCCGCGGCUCUGCCGACGAGGUGCCCGUCCAGACCAUCCUGUCCAACUACACCACCUUCACAGAGUUUGCCUCCAUCAGCACCGUGAUGGCCACAGGUCGUUCCACUCUUCAGAAGAGGGUGAUGGCCUUGCUGAGAAGGAUAGAGCACCCCACCCCUGGAAACAAGGAGGCUUGGGAGGACACGCAUGCCAGAUGGGAGCAGGCCACCAAGCAGAUUCUGAACUUCCCCAAAAACAAGGUGGAAGAUGGGCAGGUAAGACCCAGCCAUGUUUCCCUGUCACUCAGCCAAGUGAAUCCCUACUCUGAGCUGUACCUGAACACCCGCUCUGUCUCCCCCCUGCAGGAGUGGAUCAACAUGACAGGCUUCCUGUGUGCUCUGGGGGGGGUGUGUCUCUCCCAGGGUACCACGCCAUGUGGUCCGCCCACCUACAGCCCCCCCAUGGGUUCCAUGAGCGAACGCAAGGGGUCCAUGGUCUCCGUGGCCUCCUGCGAGGCCCCCAGCACUGCAGCUGGGGCCUCAGCCGCCUGCUCCUCCUCCUCUUCCUCGGCAGAGACCCCUCUGGGCAGGUUCCUGGACCGGCUGCUGGCUCUACUGGUCUGCGGUCAUGAAAGGGUGGGCCUGCACGUCCGCACCAACGUCAAGGAGCUGCUGGGGCUGGAGCUCAGCCCGGCCCUCUACCCCAUGCUCUUCAACAAACUCAGGAACAGCAUCGGACGCUUCUUCGACUCACAGGGUCUGGUCCCCAUCAAUGACACGAAUACUCAGUUUGUGGAGCAGACCAUUGCCAUCAUGAAGAACCUCCUGGACAACCACACAGAGGGCAGCUCUGAGCACCUGGGACAGGCUAGCAUAGAGACCAUGAUGCUCAACCUGGUCAGGUACGUGCGUAUCAUAGGCAACACGCUGCAUGCCAUCCAGAUCAAGACCAAACUGUGCCAGCUGGUGGAGGUGAUGAUGGAGAGACGAAACGACCUGUCCUUCUGCCAGGAGAUGAAGUUCAGAAACAAAAUGGUGGAGUAUCUGACUGACUGGGUGAUGGGUACCUCCAAUCAGGCGGCCGAUGAUGACAUCAAGUGUCUGACCAGAGACCUGGACCAAGCUAGCAUGGAGGCAGUGGUGUCUCUGCUAGCUGGCCUGCCUCUACAGCCCGAGGAGGGAGACGGGGUGGAGCUAAUGGAGGCCAAGUCCCAGCUCUUCCUCAAGUACUUUACUCUGUUCAUGAACCUGCUGAACGACUGCAGUGAGGUAGAGGAUGAUGGCCAGCCCGUGGUCGGGAGGAAGAGGGGCAUGUCCCGACGCUUGGCGUCCCUCAGACACUGCACGGUCCUGGCCAUGUCCAACCUCCUCAACGCCAACGUGGACAGUGGCCUCAUGCACUCCAUCGGUCUGGGCUACCAUAAGGACCUGCAAACGCGGGCCACCUUCAUGGAGGUGCUGACUAAGAUCCUCCAGCAGGGGACAGAGUUCGACACGCUGGCUGAGACGGUGCUGGCCGACCGCUUCGAGAGGCUGGUGGAGCUGGUCACCAUGAUGGGAGACCAGGGAGAGCUGCCCAUCGCCAUGGCGCUGGCCAAUGUGGUUCCGGGAUCCCAGUGGGAUGAGCUGGCCCGUGUGCUGGUCACUCUGUUUGACUCUCGUCACCUGCUGUAUCAGCUGCUGUGGAACAUGUUCUCCAAGGAGGUGGAGCUGGCCGACUCUAUGCAGACUCUGUUCAGAGGAAACAGCCUGGCCAGCAAGAUCAUGACCUUCUGUUUUAAGGUUUACGGGGCGGCGUAUCUACAGAAGCUACUGGAGCCUUUACUUAAAGGAGUCAUCAACACACCAGAGUGGCACAACAUCAGCUUUGAGGUGGACCCGACCAGACUAGAUCAGUUGGAGAACCUGGAGGAGAACCAGAAGAACCUUCUCCAGAUUACCGACCGGUUCUUCCAGGCCAUUAUCAACUCCUCUGGUGCGUUCCCUCCUCAGCUGCGCAGUGUGUGUCACUGUCUCUACCAGGCUACUUGCCACUCUCUACUGAAUAAAGCAACAGUUAAAGAGAAAAAGGAAAACAAAAAAGCAGUGGUGAGCCAGCGUUUCCCCCAGAACAGUAUAGGGGCGGUGGGCAGUGCCAUGUUUCUGCGCUUCAUCAACCCCGCCAUAGUGUCACCUUACGAGGCAGGCAUCCUGGAUAAGAAGCCCCCACCGAGGAUAGAGAGAGGCUUGAAGCUUAUGUCCAAGAUCCUCCAGAGCAUUGCCAACCAUGUUUUGUUUACUAAAGAGGAGCACAUGAGGCCUUUUAAUGACUUUGUGAAAAGCAACUUUGAUGCUGCCAAGCGGUUCUUCUUGGACAUCGCGUCUGACUCUCCUCCCAGUGACUCAGUCUACCACAGCCUGUCCUUCAUCAGCGAUGGCAACGUUUUGGCCCUUCACCGGCUGCUCUGGAACAACCAGGAGAGGAUCGGCCACUACCUCUCCAGCAACAGGGACCACAAGGCUGUGGGCAGGAGGCCAUUUGACAAGAUGGCCACACUCCUGGCUUAUCUGGGUCCCCCUGAACACAAACCUGUGGCUGACACCCACUGGUCCAGCCUCAACCUCACCAGCUCCAAGUUUGAGGAGUUCAUGACCAGGCACCAGGUCCACGAAAAAGAGGAAUUUAAAGCUCUGAAGACCCUGAACAUCUUCUAUCAGGCUGGCACUUCGAAGAAUGGCACCCCUGUCUUCUACUAUGUCGCUCGCAGGUUUAAGACUGGUCAGAUCAAUGGAGACCUUCUCAUCUACCAUGUCCUGCUGACCCUGAAGCCAUACUAUGCCAAGCCCUAUGAGAUUGUGGUGGACCUGACCCAUGUGGGUCCCAGCAAUCGUUUCAAGACCGACUUCCUGUCCAAGUGGUUCGUGGUGUUCCCGGGCUUCGCCUACGAGAACGUGGCGGCCGUCUACGUGUACAACUGCAACACGUGGGUGAGGGAGUACACCAAGUACCACGAGAGGCUGCUGACGGGCCUGAAGGGAAGCAAGCGGGUGCAGUUCAUUGACUCACCGGCGCGUCUGGCAGAACACGUAGAGGUAGAGCAACAGAAGCUCCCAGCAGCCACGUUAGCCCUGGAGGAGGACCUCAAGGUGUUCCACAACGCCCUCAAAGUCGCCCACAAGGACACCAAGGUGUCAAUCAAGGUGGGAUCCACAGCUGUCCAGGUGACAUCAGCAGAGCGCACACGAGUCCUGGGCCAGUCUGUGUUCCUCAACGAUGUAUACUAUGCCUCCGAGAUUGAGGAGAUCUGCCUGGUGGAUGAGACCCAGUUCACCCUGACAAUGGCCAACCAGGGCACACCCCUCACCUUCAUACACCAGGAGUGUGACACCAUCGUCCAGUCCAUCAUACACAUCAGAACGCGCUGGGAGCUGUCCCAGCCAGACUCCAUCCCUCAGCACACCAAAAUCAGGCCCAAAGAUGUGCCUGGCACCUUGCUCAACCUUGCCCUGCUCAACCUUGGCAGCUCCGACCCCAGCCUCAGGUCUGCUGCCUACAACCUGCUGUGUGCCCUAACCUGCACCUUCAACCUGAAGAUUGAGGGUCAACUGCUAGAGACCUCAGGCCUGUGUAUCCCUGCCAACAACACCCUCUUCAUAGUGUCCAUCAGCAAGACACUGGCCGUCAACGAGCCACAUCUCACCCUGGAGUUCCUGGAGGAGUGUAUCUCCGGCUUCAGCAAGUCUAGUAUUGAGCUGAAGCACCUGUGUCUGGAGUACAUGACCCCCUGGCUGCUCAACCUGGAGCGGUUCUGUAAACACAACGACGACGCCAAACGCUUGCGAGUUACCGCCAUCUUGGAUAAGCUCAUAACCAUGACCAUCAAUGAGAAGCAGAUGUACCCCUCUAUACAGGCCAAGAUCUGGGGCAGCCUCGGCCAGAUAACCGACCUGUUGGACGUGGUGCUGGACAGCUUCAUCAAGACCAGUGCUACAGGAGGCCUGGGCUCCAUCAAGGCUGAGGUCAUGGCCGACACGGCUGUGGCUCUGGCCUCAGGAAAUGUCAAACUGGUCUCCAGUAAGGUGAUUGGCCGUAUGUGUAAGAUCAUCGACAAGACGUGCCUGUCUCCCACCCCCACCCUGGAGCAGCACCUGAUGUGGGACGACAUCGCCAUCCUGGCCCGCUACAUGCUCAUGCUGUCCUUCAACAACUCCCUGGACGUGGCCGCCCACCUGCCCUACCUGUUCCACGUGGUCACCCUGCUGGUGGCCACCGGCCCCCUGUCCCUCAGAGCCUCCACGCACGGCCUGGUCAUCAACAUCAUCCACUCCCUCUGCACCUGCUCACAGCUCAACUUCAGCGAGGAGACCAAGCAGGUUCUGAGGCUGAGCCUGACUGAGUUCAGUCUGCCAAAGUUCUACCUGCUGUUCGGCAUCAGCAAGGUCAAGUCUGCGGCUGUUAUAGCCUUCCGAUCCAGUUACCGAGAACGCUCCUUCUCCCCCGGCUCUUACGAAAGGGAAACCUUUGCCCUGUCCUCCCUGGAGACGGUCACCGAGGCUCUGCUAGAGAUCAUGGAGGCCUGCAUGCGGGACAUCCCAGCGUGUAAGUGGCUGGACCAGUGGACCGACCUGGCUCAGAAGUUUGCGUUCCAGUACAACCCGUCCCUGCAGCCCAGAGCCCUGGUGGUGUUUGGCUGCAUCAGUAAGAGGGUGACCCAUGGUCAGAUCAAACAGAUCAUCAGGAUCCUCAGCAAGGCCAGCCCCCUGCUCAGCAUCGACCGGGGUCUGGAGAGUUGCUUAAAGGGCCCUGAUAACUACAACAGCCAGGUUCUGAUUGAGGCCACGGUCAUCGCUCUGACCAAGCUGCAGCCUCUUCUCAGUAAGGACUCCCCCAUGCACAAGGCCGUGUUCUGGGUGGCCGUGGCCGUGCUCCAGCUGGAUGAGGUCAGCCUGUUCUCUGCCGGGACGGCCCUGUUGGAGCAGAACCUGCACACCCUGGACACCCUGAGAGUCUUCAAUGACAAGAGUCCAGAGGAGGUGUUCAUGGAAAUCAGACGUCCUCUAGAGUGGCACUGUAAACAGAUGGACCACUUUGUGGGCCUUAAUUUUAGCUCCAACUUCAACUUUGCUCUGGUGGGACACCUGCUCAAAGGCUACAGACACCCAUCCCCCGCAACUGUGGCCCGGACGGUCCGCAUCCUCCACACGCUGCUGGCCCUGGUUGGGAAGCACCUGAACUGUGACCGGUUUGAGGUGAACACCCAGAGCGUGGCCUACCUGGCAGCCCUUCUCACCGUGUCAGAGGAGGUGCGUAGCCGUUGCAGUCUGAAACACAGGAAGUCUUUGUUGUUGUCGGAGAUGGCUGUGGAGAACGUUCCCAUGGAUACUUAUUCUUUGCACCACCCAGACUCCAACUGCAGGAUGCUCCGAGAGAGCCAGCCAUGGGCGUCUCCCAAGGUGUCAGAGAGCUACCUGAAUCCCUACUACCCUGCAGUGGGGCAGAUCAGCCCCCGGACACGCAAGUCCCUGAGCCUAGACAUGGGCCAGCCGUCCCAGGCCAACACCAAGAAGCUGCUAGGCACCAGGAAGAGUUUCGAUCACCUGAUGUCUGACUGCAAGGCACCAAAGAGGCCAGAGAUGGAGUCCGGCAAUACCAGCCCACCCAAGGUGAGGCGCGUGGCCGAGAAUGACUACGAGAUCGAGAGCCAGAGAAUGGGCAACUCCCACCUCCGCAAGGUGUCUGUGACUGAGUCCAAUGUUCUGUUGGAUGAAGAGGUGCUGACCGACCCCAAAGUCCAGGCCCUUCUGCUCACUGUGCUGGCCACCCAGGUCAAGUACACCACAGAUGAUUUUGACCAAAGGAUCCUGUAUGAGUACUUAGCUGAAGCUAGCGUUGUCUUCCCAAAAGUCUUUCCAGUCGUACACAACCUGCUGGACUCUAAGAUCAACACGCUGCUGUCCAUGUGCCAGGAUGCCAACCUGCUGAACCCAGUGCAUGGCAUUGUCCAGAGCGUGGUCUUCCAUGAAGAGUCUCCCCCACAAUACCAGCCCUCCUAUCUACAGAGCUUUGGCUUCAACGGACUUUGGAGGUUUGCCGGGCCCUUCUCAAAGCAAACUCAGAUCCCUGACUAUGCUGAGCUGAUUGUCAAGUUCCUGGAAGCUUUGAUUGACAGCUACCUGCCGGGUACAGAGGAGGAGAGGAGCGAAGAGCAUCUCCGCACCCCCACCUCCCCCUACCCCCCCGUCACUCAGAGCCAGCUCAGCAUCACCGCUAACCUAAACCUGUCCAACUCCAUGACCUCCCUGGCCACCUCGCAGCACUCUCCAGGUGUGGACAAGGAGAAUGUGCAGCUCUCCCCCAGUGCGGCGCUGUCCUCCGGCGGACGAACCCGCCAUGGCUCCGCCAGUCAGGUGCAGAAACAGCGCAGCGCAGGCAGCUUCAAGAGGCCUAGCAUCAAGAAGAUAGUAUGAGACAAAGAAAUAGAAAGAACAAACGAGUCAAUGAUGGAGAGAACAAUAGCCAUCCGAAAGGCCCCUCCUGGCUCACCGUGCCAGACAUGCUGCACUCUUUUUUUGCCCUUAUUAGUUUUGUUAAUGGAUUGCCCAACUUGACGGUCAGUGUUGUAUGGAGAAGUAGCUGCGCUUGUCACUGUGUUUUCAUUUGAUUGUUGGGAAAAGAUUGCUUUGGGUGGAUGUUAUUUGCAUACAAAAACAUGAUCCAGGAGUUUAUUUUAUUUUAGCCUUUAGAAAGCACUGAAAUGGUCAAGAUGGGGGACAUCAGUCUGAAAUUAUUAGGUAUUUCUGUAGUUAGCUUUGUGUUUGCUCUUUGCCUAUAGAAUUCUCCAUUAAUCUAGAUAGGAGUUCAAUAGAGUUUAAUCUGUUCAGUGUAAGAACUGGUCAUUUGCAUGUCACUGAUGUAUAAAUCUGAAGUGGUUCCUCUCAUCAGAUAGAGCGAUGAGGGAAUGACCGUUGGCCCGCAGUGGGACAAAUAGAGAGGAACUGCACUGGGCCAACAUUUUACUGAUUAUCUCAUUGUUCAAACAUUUCAAUAUAAGUUUUGGUUCCCAAAACAAUAUACUGAUAUAUACAUUGAGAUUGUGAACAGUGUGGACAACAUUUUGUAGACUUACCAUUUGCCAAAGUUUCUUAAGUGUUAUUUAGAAGAAAAAUGCAAGAGCGAAUUGAUUUAUUGCACAAGAACACUUCACAAAAUAGGCAUUUCGCUAAAGGAAAUAUGCAAAUACUUGCUAGAAUGCGCCAAUAGGAUCUUGCUAAUUCGUGCUUGGCUCUGCCACAUUCUUGCUUGUUUUACCCACUUGGCUGUUCUAGCCUCCCAUUGGAGAAGACAGACUGUGGUGUACUCUGGGGUAGUUAUACAAAUCUGAUGUUUAGUGACUGUUGCAUUAUCUGACAUAGGAAGAUGACAUGGCGAAUCAAUGUGGGCAUCCAUGUUGGACCAUGAUGACAUCAUUGUGCCCAGGGGGAAACGUUUGAGAUUUUGGACGUGUAAACUGAAG